CAAUUUUAUGGAAACCUAGUUACACUAAAUAAUAUUCAGAAAUCAUUACAAUAAAUAAAUAUAAAUAUUUUUACAACAUGUGGCAAUCUAUAAGUUUGACUUGAUACAUAUAUAUGUAUAUAAAACCAAGCCGCCUCGUCAACACGGACUGGGCGCAGGGAGGCGUCACUCGCCGCCAGUCGGGACCAGACCGAGCUGAACCGACCGAGCACACGGAGAAGCGCCGGCCGAGCCUGCUAGCGAACAGCGCGGCUUCUUCCGACGACCGGGCUCGUAGCAAGAGGAUCAAAGAGGACACUGGGGACGUCACCACGGAUUUCUUGUGGGACAAACGCACAGGUCUCGCUGCCAAAACGAUGCCUCACACAAGACGGUACUCGUCUUCGGACAGAGACAGUCGGAGCAGCUUCCAGGAUCGCUUCAGAGACAGAGACAGAGACAGGGGGCGGAGACAGCGGCACAGAAGAUCACCGACGUUCUCCUCCAGCAGCGACAGAGAGAGAGACCGAGACAGAAGGGGGCGGGGACACCGGCAGGAAGGAAGUUAUGUACGCUCAAGGAGUCGUAGUUUCGACAAUCGCUCAACGGAGCACCGACCAUUCGACAGAAGAUACUGCGAACGGGACCGCGACAGAGAACGGGAGCCACACGGAGCGGCGGAAAGUUACUAUCCGCGCAACUUCUCCCCAACUAUGUACGACUACCGGCGCGGCCGCGAGAGGGAGCGCGAGCGGGACGAGUCGUACAGACGGAAAGGCAGCAGGCGUAAGCACAAACGAAGGCGGCGUAGAACCAGGUCCUAUAGCCAUUCCUCCUCGCGGAGCAACAGCCGGACGCGGGCACUGAGUGUGAGGGACGACGAGGAAGGGCACCUGAUCUGUCGGAGUGGGGACGUCCUGCAAGAGAGAUACGAGAUCGUCAGCACUCUGGGUGAAGGCACCUUCGGGAGGGUGAUGCAGUGCAUUGACCAUCGCAGGGGAGGAGCCCACGUUGCUCUGAAAAUCAUCAAAAAUGUGGAGAAGUACAAGGAAGCAGCUCGUCUGGAGAUCAAUGUACUGGAGAAGAUCAACGAGAAAGACCCAGAUAACAAAUUCCUGUGUGUACAGAUGUACGACUGGUUCGACUACCACGGUCACAUGUGCAUCUCUUUUGAGCUGCUCGCUCUCAGCACCUUCGACUUCCUGAAGGAAAACAACUACCUACCCUACUCGAUCGGUCAGGUCCGACACAUGGCCUACCAGAUCUGUCUCGCUGUGAAAUUUCUCCAUGACAAUAAGCUGACGCACACAGACCUGAAGCCUGAGAACAUCCUGUUUGUCAACUCUGACUUCACGAUGUCCUUCAACAUAGAGAAGAAACGAGAAGAGCGGACGGUUAAGAGCACGGCGGUGCGGGUCGUGGACUUCGGCAGUGCAACGUUUGACCACGAGCACCACAGCACCAUUGUGUCCACUCGGCAUUACCGCUCCCCUGAGGUUAUACUAGAGCUGGGCUGGAGCCAUCCCUGUGAUGUGUGGAGCAUCGGGUGUAUCCUGUUUGAGUACUACCUCGGCUUCACCUUGUUUCAGACUCACGACAACAGGGAGCAUUUGGCCAUGAUGGAGAGAAUCUUGGGACCAGUUCCCUCCAGGAUGAUUCGUAAGACGAGAAAGCAGAAGUAUUUCUACCGUGGGCGUCUGGACUGGGACGAGAGCUCGUCGGCGGGGAAAUAUGUCAGAGAGAACUGCAAACCUCUGCGGCGGUAUCUGCUGUCGGAGGCGGAGGAGCACCACCAGUUCUUCGACCUCAUCGAAAGCAUGUUGGAGUACGAGCCCUCGAAGAGGCUGGUGCUGGCCGACUCCCUCAAGCACCCCUUCUUCGAGAGCAGUGGCGCUGGCGAGGCGGCGGGCAGCAAGACCUGGGAGGGCAACCGAGACAUCAGCCGGUGACCCACGAGCCUCCAGAGACUGUACGACAGAGGAGAUGAUAUUUUAUAUAUAUAUAUGUGGAAAAAACAAGUGAACUGAUGAAUCAACCGGGGGCUCGGGGUGUUGUCUGUCGUUCGUCAUUAACGCAUGGACACCUUAACUUCUUACUCCUCCAUCCUGUCCCUCGGAUGUCUGCCUCUUCAGCCACAAGAGGCAUGGGGGGUUUUUUAUUUUAUUUUUUGCUGCAGAGACCAAAACAACCCACAAAAGAGUCUAAACAAGACUUUUGUUGUGGUCCCAGUGGUCCUCCGUAGAGGAAAACAAUUCGUGGAAGAAUGUUUGUACCCAAAGUAGCCCCUCUAUGCAGCUCCUGUCUUCCUCUUGACUUCUGAACUAACCUUUGUCCCUUCCGUCCGUUUUAUUGAUUUCAUCAGCAUGUAAAGAAAAGAAAAUUCUCACAAGCAUUACUACAAGUCGGUAAUAGAAAGAAAAAAACAGUCUUCCGACUCUAAAUUCUAAGGACAGGGUGAGGAGACAGAGCUGUAUGUGCAGCACAAGUCUUCACCCGAUUAAAUGUUAACAGUUCUACACAAGAUAUUCCGUUAUGCCAACGUCACAUCGGUAAGAUCGAAUAUCACAUUUCCCUGGAAAAGGCGAGUAUCCACGGCAUGAGGCAAGCGUCUCAACAAGUUCUGUUUAUGUUUCUGAUGAGGUGAGCACCUGCAUUGCCCAUCAUUUCUCAUGUUUCAUGUACAAAAGGAUUAUUCCCUAUAUCCAGACUCUUGCUCUCAUUCUCCAGUUAUUAUUUGCCAAUGAGAUGAUGGUGAAGCCUCUUAUUGAUAGAUGUAUCUGUUUGUUAUGUUAUGCAAUGCUUUCUGUGUGAGUGCGUGCGUGUGGAGUGGAUGACACUGCUACGUUACUGUUUUUGCUCCGAGCCUUUUUAGUAGUUCAGCAUUAGUCAUGGGAAUAUUCUCACCUAUUUUCAAACACAAAAAAAUGGGUUCUGCCUUUUUCCACGUGUGAUAUUUUACCGACCUGACGUCUCUUCGUUGAGAUUAAGCACACAGCUCCUGGUGGUGGUGGCGGCUAACGAGCCACACACACACUCUCUCACACACACACACACACACACACACGCGACUCCUGUCGACGUAUUUAUUUUGAGUUCCAAUAGGUCAGUCCCCUGCCCACCCACCUGUAAAUGACUUGUCUUUUUUUGUAUGAAAUUAAAGCGUAUAAAACUGUACAUAUGUAUGAUUGUGUAGAAUUAAAGUUAAGUCCUCCUUGGCCAGAGGCUUAUGGUUCUCGACGUGUCGCUCUAGGCCUCUGGCAGCGAAACGGAGACGCUCUUGUCUUUAAAUAA